AUGGAGAAGAGUUACAGAAGUAGCAGGGGCAGCGCCAGUCCAAAUCGCUUGAGCCCAUCACCCAGGUCUACUAGCGGUACAUUUCAAUCAAGGGGAAGGCCCUCUUCUGCCCCUCAGUCUAGUCCAACCCCUAGUGUACGUGCUGCUACACCAACGCGAAGGCCAUCUCCUCCUCCAAAUAAACCUUCUACGCCUGCUCCUGGAUAUCUGACUCCAACUCCCCGGAGGGCGAGUACAGGCUCAAGCACGGCAGCUUCCACUGGGGUAAGGGGAAGUUCUCCUAUCCGUACAAGUCGUGGGAAUUCUGCUUCACCAAAAAUCAGUGCAUGGCGGUCAAACAUUCCUGGUUUCUCUUUAGAUGCACCACCCAAUCUUCGAACUUCUCUGACAGAUCGACCAGCAUCAUAUGUGAGGGGUUCCUCACCAGCAUCCAGAAAUGGUAAAGAUUCAGCUACAAAAUAUGGUAGGCAUUCUAUGUCUCCCACUGCUUCUCGAAGUGUCAGUUCAUCUCAGAGUCAUGAUCGAGAUCGAUUUAGCUCUCAAAGUAAAGGUUCUAUGGCAUCAUCUGGUGAUGAUGAAAUAGACUCGAUAAAUUCUGUUCGAGUACGUGGCUCAAAUUGCUCAGUCUCAAAAAGAGUUGGUGCUUUUCCUAAUAAUAGAGCUCCAGCAUUUUCUAAGAAAUCUUCUAGAUUGCUGACUCCAAGUUCUGCUCCAAAAAGAUCCUUUGACUCUAUUCUUCGCCAAACGGAUCAAAGGAAAAGUCCUCCGAAUAUGUUCAGGCCUCUCUUGUCUAGUGUUCCCAGUACCACCUUUUAUGUUGGAAAGGGUAGUUCUGCAAAUCGUUCUUUGAUCUCAAGGAAUUCUUCUGUCACAACCAGCAGUAAUGCAAGUUCUGAUCAAGGUACAAGUGCUGUACUAGAUACCGAAGGGAGUGAUCACCACCAGGAUGACUUGACAAGUGAAUUUGAGAUAAUACGAUAUUCUGAUGCUCAAGAAGUAUUUGCCUUUGACAAGGUAGAUGCAUUAAGUGAAGAAGCUGGGCAUGAUAGAGAUGAUAGGUCACCUAAUAUUCAGCUUGAUGACUUUCAUCAAGAUGCUGGUAACUCUCAGGAGUUCUCUGCUCAAGGUGCUAAUGCAGAAAUUUGUUCAACAUCUACUGUUUUAUGUUCCAGAGGUGAUUCUAGAGAAGGUAUUAAUGAUGCAAACAUGGAAAUUUGUUCUAAAUGUCAAGGCAGAUUUUGCAUAACUGAACCACCAGAAGUAGAUAGUUAUCUUUGUCCAGCUUGCAAGAGGGAACAUGAUCUUAUGGCUGACACUGUUUCUGACACAAUAAUAGCAGUUGAGGACUCCUCAAUGCUGUCUGUGAAAACUUAUGAAGAAAAUAAAUUAUUUGAUGAAAUGGAGCCUGCAAUGCCUGAGACUGAGUCACUGCCGCAAGGUACUGAAUUGGUUGAGCCAGUGGCUUCUCAGCCUGAAGAGAAUGUUAAGCAAGGGCAUACUUCCUUUUCAGAGAAAAAUCAGAAUUACUUGCAAGAAAAUUAUAUUGCUAGGUCUUUGGCAGAAGAUAUUGAAGAGAGGCUCAACUAUCAGGAAGGGACUGAGCAACCUACUGUUUGUCAUAGCUUACCUGUCAGGGACAUUGAAGGUCAGCGACUACAGCUGUCUAAUGAGCAUGUGGAUUUAAAAUUUGAUUCUUCAGAAGGUGCGGGCAUAUCCGUGUUGCUAAAGAGGUCGAGCAGUAGCAAGGGACAUGUUGUUCAGGGCAGGACAUUCACUGCCACCACUAGACCUUAUGAUGAUGCCUCUUAUGCAAGAGACAGUUCGAGCAGUUUGCGGAGCUCCACUGGGUAUGGCAGUGUUUCUGCAUCUUCAUCGAUUGAUUUCUCAGCUAGACAGACAGAGAGCCGUGUACAACGGCAGUUAAGUGGAAAGAAAUUUGAAAUAGAGAAUUGUAGAUAUGAAAUGAACUUAAAACCUCAAAGUAUUUUAUCAUCAGGCUCUGGAGUUUCACCUAAUGCCCUUCAAGCUUUGGGUCUUGUAACAGGCACAGCUGACCAGAAUGUAGAGGUUUCUGCUGGUAAUAUCAAAUGCAAUGAAGUGGAGGAAAUGCAUCUAGGUUCAGAAGUGAAAGUGCCGGCUUUGGAAAAUAAGACAGCUGCUGUGGCUCUUGAGGCAGACAUUUCUGACUGUGAUGAGAGUACAAAGUCAAUUGAUCCUUCCACCUCUGAAUUGUCAAGCCAUAUGGUUAGCAAUCGAUCAGAGGACAAUUCAGCUGCAUCAUUCCUGAACUAUGAAAGUUAUGUUUCUUAUGAAAAUUUAGAAGACUUCCCAAACCCUGCAAGCUCUGCUUUGGGGGCAACAACUAUCACUGCAGAGUCUUCUCGUGAAGAACAUGCCAUGCCCAACUCUAGUCUUGACGGAGUUGAAGUCAGGGAGGUCUCUGGUAUCAGCUCUUUGGCUAUGAUAUCAGAAAUAGAAACAGAGAACUGCUAUCUGGAGAAUCCUGGUUCAUUGAGGGGUGAUGAAUCUCUGGAGUUGAAUAACAAUAUUAAUGAAGUUGAGGAGCCUUCAGUUCCAACCACCGACGGCAAGGACAUGGCUACUUCUGUUCAGGAUCUCAAUGCUGCAGAUAAUCCUCAUGAUAUUUUAGAUGAAUCGAGAGUAUUAGUAGAAUGUCGUGGAGGAAGCAAAGGAAGGAGCCUGACCCUUGAAGAAGCAACAGAUACAAUACUUUUCUGCAGCUCUAUCGUUCAUGAUCUAGCCUAUAAGGCGGCAAGCAUAGCAAUCGAGAAAGAAACUGAAGUGCCACUGGAAGGUUCGUGGCCAACUGUCACUAUAUUAGGUAAAUCUAAUACCGACAGAACGGACCAACCUGGUAGAACUGCAGCUAAACGCUCGUCAAAAUCACUCAAGUCCAGGCCCAGGCGUGUAGAAACAGAUGCAGAGCCACCUCCUAGCAAGACUGAGAAUGAUGAAAAUAUUGAUGCAUCGGCAGUACGAAACGUCGGACUUCCUAAUAAGCCGGACAGUACAAAACCUCAAAAACUGGAAUCGAAGUGCAAUUGCACAAUAAUGUGAAAUUCAUUCAUUUUGUUUCGGUGUCAGUAUGUGACCCUGGUAUUUUUAUGUUAAUGAUUUUCUUGUUUGAAGGGCUGUUUGGAUUAUUGGCAAUUGGUAAUUUUUUUUUUUGUCGAUUCCAAUUAUUUUUAAGAAACACCACCUUGGGCUGGUGUUAUAAUUGUAAAGUUUUUUUUUUAACUUAAUUAUUUUUCUUUUUAUUCUUACCAUCAGAUUAAUAUUAGUCAAGAGGCAUUGGAGGAUUGUGUUUACUCCAUAAAGCCUCCUCCAUUCUUGUUAAUUG